UAUUUAAUUCUUCCUGUACAAGUUGUCAUUUGUGAUUUUGAAAUUUCUGAUUUAAAUAUUUCAAAAGAAGCAGUUAUAAAUGGUAAAUGGACAAAUAUAAUCUUUGCAGUAGAGUCUCUAGUUCCUCAGUGACUUAUUGAACAACAUAAAAGACUGAAGAAUACCGGGUAGAUAACAAUGGCUAAUCCGAAGGUGGUGGCAGGUCUCGUGUUUGCGGUUAUUAUUGUUGUUAUGAUUAUUGUGCUCGUUGCGACCUCACUGAAAAAGCUCUCUUCAGAUCAAAUUGGUUUGGCCUACGACACAAUCAACAAAGAUCUUGAUAAAGAGGCUAAGACAGAGGGUCUACACAAUGGUCCCCCAGGAUUUGAGUUCAUUAUAUUUCCAAGUGUCUACAAAACACUCACAUUCGAUAACCUGCGGUGCCUAAAUGCGGAUGGAGUGAUUAUUACACUGGAUGUGACAUAUCAAUACAAGGCAAAGGCACAGAAACUUUAUGAUAUUGUAAUGAACUUCAAAGAUUAUGAUGGAUAUAAAACAGUUCUUCAGUACACAGGUGAAUCGGCUUUACAUGAAGCGUGUAGCUAUUUCAACACUUCACAGUUCCAGGCAGAGAGAGGUGCCUUCCAGGAAAAAGUCCGGGACAAGAUUGUAGAAAAAUACGAGGUUCUCUACUGUGAUAUCACAGAUCUACAGGUGAGCAACAUAGCCAGACCCUCUGAGUAUGAAUCAGCAAUCAGAAGCAAGGAGCGGGCCAGAGAAGAUAUUCAGGUUGCUUUCAAUGAGAGACCCAGACUGAUAACUGAGGCAGAAACAGAGAAGCGUGAGGCAAAUACAACAGCCCAGAUUAUUCUGGAUAAGGCCAACUCUGAUGCUAGGAUCCUUAAAGCAAGGGCAGAAGCUGAGGCUGAAGGUAUUAUACAACAGUAUGAGAAGGAAUCGGAGGCCUAUCAGCAGAUUUUGAGCUCGUCGGGUCUUGGCUUUACCGUGGAGGGCUUCAUAUCGUAUAUGGGUGUUCGCGUCAUCUCCUCAGCAAAGAAUCCAGUCUAUAUCGGCUUACAGAGUCCAGCCAAAUCCUCCUAUCAAACACCAUAAUCAUUGAAAUAGCAAGAGAGCAUUUUUGACACAAAUAUUAAGAUCAAAUUAUUUCCUUACACUGCAUUUCUUUGGAUAUUGAAAUGAAUCCAGAACAUUUUAGGUCGAUCAGAUUCCAUUUUGACAUAAUUAUAUUUCAAACAGUGAUUGGUAUGUCAUAUAUCAGUAAAAAAAACUUGUUUAUGUUAAGUCUAUGCUAUAGAAAUAUUUUCAGAUUAUUGGUUUUCAAGUCCUAGUUCAUUUCCAACUUCAGAUUGAAUUUUGCAGCAAGUUUUAGAUUUUAUUGUAUGAAAAAAAAUUGUGCCUUUUACAUCGCAACAACAUAAAAGCACCUUUUACUUUCCUUUUAGAUAUUGUAAAUAAUUUUACCUAUUUUUGCUAUAGUCAUUAUGUAAACAACACAUUAUUUAUAUUCAUUUGUAGAAAUUUCUUACCAUUUUAUUUGACAGCUUAAAAUUGCAAAAGGCAUUACUUAAAGAAUAUUACAUUUUUUAUACCUAUAUACUUUUUUAUAGAAUGAAAAAAAAAAAAGUUUACUGUAAUUUACAGUAGCAAAUAUGUAAUAACAGCAAAGGCUGCUAUGAAGUUUGUCUUUACCAUCAUUAUGAUAAAAAGGAGAACUUUAAGGACCAGAGUAUUUUUUCUUGUAGUUUUUGCUCACUAAAGAGGGACUUAGUACUGUUGACCAUGUGCCAUCUACUCACAUGAUUUUCAGAGGAAAUUUCCUCAGAAACAGUUAGGUGAUCUCCUCAGAAACAGUUAAGUGGAAAUUCAUGCAACUUAGCUUGGAUGUUCUUUGAAUAGUCUUCUUCCAAAAUGUCCAAACUGUUCUGCGCAGCUGCACUCAUGAGUGUUGCCAGAGCUAAGAUUAAUUAUUUCCUAAACUGCAGCCUUGAUUUUGAAAAAAAAGUUUCAGUGAUAGUCUUUGGGAAACCCUCUACCAGUAUUGUUCAGAUUAUUCUGAUUGGUGGAAAACACUGGCCAAAUGAGUGCAUAUUAAAUUUUCACUAUAUUGAUACAGUGGACACUUCCCAAAUCUUAUUAGGAACCUUGGACAUACAUUGUAAAUUAAUUUUUAGAAAUGUUCGUUCAAAUGUGUUAAGCCAUCUCAGUUUGUCAGAAAAAACAACCUGACUGCAAGGGGCCAGGGCUAGUUGUCCUGUAUAGCUGUAUCAUACAACUCUGAAUAUCUUCUCCUAUGAAUCGGUUUGGCACAUUUCAAAAGUAAUGUUGCUGAAAUGAUUCUUCAGUAACUAAGAAAUAAUGUUUGAAUGAUCCCAAUUAGUCUUUGAGGCUCGGGCAUUUUCCUCAAUAUCUUGAUUGAAACUUUGAAAUCUAAAAUGAGCCGUGCCAUGAGAAAACCAACAUAAUGGGUUUGCGACCAGCAUGGAUCCAGACCAGCCUGCACAUCCGCGCAGUCUGGUCAGGCUCCAUGCUGUUCGCUUUUAAAGCCUAUUGGAAUUGGAGAAACUGUUAGCGAACAGCAUGGAUCCUGACCAGACUGCGCGGAUGCGCAGGCUGGUCUGGAUCCAUGCUGGUCGCAAACCCACUACGUUGGUUUUCUCAUGGCACGGCUCAGAUGACUCUUCUGCGGAUGUGUUUACUAGGAUUUUGGGCAUUUUUAUUGCUUUGUAAAGAACAUGACUGCUAGAGGGUUUGACUAGUUUCCAUGUGUUAUAUACAGGUUUUAGCUGUUAAACUUAGGAGAGGGAUAUAGGGCAAUCAUGACCCUUUCAAUGUUAAACAAUCUUUUUUAUAUUAUGGAUUAUUUUUUAGCUCACCUGUCACAAAGUGACAAGGUGAGCUUUUGUGAUCGCGCGGUGUCCGUCGUCCGUCGUCCGUCAGUGCGUCCGUGCGUCCGUAAACUUUUGCUUGUGACCACUCUAGAGGUCACAUUUUUCAUGGGAUCUUUAUGAAAGUUGGUCAGAAUGUUCAUCUUGAUGAUAUCUAGGUCAAGUUCGAAACUGGGUCAUGUGCCAUCAAAAACUAGGUCAGUAGGUCUAAAAAUAGAAAAACCUUGUGACCUCUCUAGAGGCCAUAUAUUUCACAAGAUCUUCAUGAAAAUUGGUCAGAAUGUUCACCUUGAUGAUAUCUAGGUCAAGUUCGAAACUGGGUCACGUGGGGUCAAAAACUAGGUCAGUAGAUCUAAAAAUAGAAAAACCUUGUGACCUCUCUAGAGGCCAUAUUUUUCAUGAGAUCUUCAUGAAUAUUGGUCAGAAUGUUUAUCUUGAUGAUAUCUAGGUCAAGUUCGAAACUGGGUCACGUAGGGUCAAAAACUAGGUCAUUAGGUCUAAAAAUAGAAAAACCUUGUGACCUCUCUAGAGGCCAUAUUUCUCAAUGCAUCUUCAUGAAAAUUGGUCAGAAUGUUCAUCUUGAUGAUAUCUAGGUCAAGUUCGAAACUGGGUCACGUGGGGUUAAAAACUAGGUCAGUAGAUCUAAAAAUAGAAAAACCUUGUGACCUCUCUAGAGGCCAUAUUUUUCAUGAGAUCUUCAUGAAUAUUGGUCAGAAUGUUCACCUUGAUGAUAUCUAGGUCAAGUUCGAAACUGGGUCAUGUGGGGUCAAAAACUAGGUCAGUAGAUCUAAAAAUAGAAAAACCUUGUGACCUCUCUAGUGGCCAUAUUUCUCAAUGGAUCUUCAUGAAAAUUGGUCAGAAUGUUCACCUUGAUGAUAUCUAGGUCGAGUUCGAAACUGGGUCAUGUGCGGUCAAAAACUAGGUCAGUAGGUCUAAAAAUAGGAAAACCUUGUGACCUCUCUAGGGGCGAUAUUUUUCAAUGGAUCUUCAUGAGAAUUUGUCAGAAUGUUGACCUUGAAGAUAUCUAGGUCAAGUUCGAAACUGGGUCGCGUGGGGUUAAAAACUAGGUCAGUAGAUCUAAAAAUAGAAAAACCUUGUGACCUCUCUAGAGGCCAUAUUUUUCAUGAGAUCUUCAUGAAUAUUGGUCAGAAUGUUCAUCUUGAUGAUAUCUAAAUCAGAUUCAAAACUGGGUCACGUGCGGUCAAAAACUAGGUCAGUAGGUCUAAAAAUAGAAAAAACCUUGUGACCUCUCUAGAGGCCAUAUUUCUCAAUGGAUCUUCAUGAAAAUUGGUGAGAAUGUUCAGCUUGAUGAUAUCUAGGUCAGGUUCGUAACUGGGUCAUGUGCGGUCAAAAACUAGGUCAGUAGGUCGAAAAAUAGAAAAACCUUGUGACCUCUCUAGAGGCCAUAUUUUUCACGAGAUCUUCAUGAAAAUUGGUGAGAAUGUUCACCUUGAUGAUAUCUAGGUCAAGUUUAAAAGUGGGUCACGUGCCUUCAAAAACUAGGUCAUUAGGUCAAAUAAUAGAAAAACCUUGUGACCUCUCUAGAGGCCAUGUUUUUCAAUGGAUCUUCAUGAGAAUUGGUCAGAAUUUUUUAUUUGAUGAUAUCUAGGUCACAUGUGCUCAAAAACUAGGUCACUAUGUCAAAUAAUAGUAAUAACGAUGUCAUACUCAAUUGAACACUGGGUCAUGUGGAGAUAGGUGAGCGAUUCAGGACCAUCAUGGUCCUCUUGUUAUUGUAUGUGCUCAAUUCAUACUUAAACUGUUAAAUGAAAUUUAUGUACUAUAUAUUAUACAUUACAUGCAUUAAAUAUUUAUACUUAUUAUAUACCUAUAUAAAUCCCUAUAUUGAUAGGUGAUGAUUUCUUAUAUAAGCUGUAAAGUUAAGUUCAGUGCAAAAAGUGGUCAAAUGAUUUUUUAUGUCAGUUGAGUUAACCAGUUAUUGCACUUAGGUGAUGAUUUCUUAUAUAAGCUGUAAAGUUAAGUUCAGUGCAAAAAGUGGCCAAAUAAUUUUUUAUGUCAGUUGAGUUAACCACUUAUUGCACUGAGAUGAUGAUUUCUGAUAUAAGCUGUAAAGUACAGCUAAGAUCCAAAUAUUUAAUACUAAUUUUACCACACAACUAGUGUCAGAGGUAAAGAUAUUUUCUGCAUAUUUUACAGGAAACCGCACAACUUACUUUUUCAUUGUUGACAUUAAUUAGAACAAAAUACAACAGUAUGCAAGCUGUAAAUUUAUUCCUUUAAUUCUAUUUUGGGUAUUAAUGUAGAGAAAGGAUCUGUAAAAUGUGACAAAACAAUCUUUUCUUAGUGAAAUUUUUACAGGGUAAUGAUUGAUACAGAUAAUGAAAUCCUUGCAAAUGUUACUGUAGUUUAGAGCACAGAAGGGUAGAAAGUAGCUUUGUUGUGAUGUACUUUAAUUUUGGUACACAUUUAUGCCUGACUCUAUGCCUUCAUUUACAGUGCGAUUCAAUAUGACUUUUCCAACAAGCAUUUCAUGCCCAUUAGUUAAGACAUUAUGAUGUAUGGUAUCAGAUGUUGGGGAUAUUGGAAUAAAAUACAUAAUGUAUAUUUGUUUUUAAUAAUAGUUUGAUUUGUAAUGAAUAUGUGUAAAACCUUUGCUGAAGAAGUCUUUUUGAAACUGAGCAUACAUAUCUUUCAGAUUAAAGAGGCCUAUGUCAUUGUGCAAUUUUUACCUGUCUGUCUGCACUAGUUUUACUUCAUUGUUCAGUUUUUAGCCAUUGUUUAGAUUAGUGUGAUAUUGUAGUCAAUUUGAUAAAUGUACUUUGACCUAAUUUUAAUACUAAUGCCUUAAAAGCAUACAGUUUGUUCUGGCGAGUUGUGCUUUCAAAUCCUUUGCAGCACAUAUGAGCCACGCAAUGAGAAAACCAACAUAGUGGCUUUGCGACCAGCAUGGAUCCAGACCAGCCUGCACAUCCGCACAGUCUGAUCAGGAUCCAUGCUGUUCGCUUUCAAAGCCUUUUGGAAUUAGAGAAACUGUUAGCGAACUGCAUGGAUCGUGACCAGACUGCGCGGACGGCUCAUUCUUCUGAUAUAUUAUAUGUGGGUGUACUGGUCAAUUUGACCAGUCCUAUUUCUCUUAAAUUCAUUGUCCUUACUAGGUUUUUUUCCCCUGGUUCGUAGGUUAUAAAACUUGCGUUUGAAGACCAGUCUCAGAAUGCAAACCUGUCAUUGGUCGGUUUCAAAUUUAAGCUCAGAAACAGCCAGUCAGAUGUUGGAGUUUGAGACUGGUAUUCAAGUUCUGUAGCCUUUGGCUGAAGUUUCUCUUAUUUCUUUACCUGAAAAGAAAAUGCUUAUUUUACAAAAAUGUAUACACACUGAUUUUACUAUCUUCUUUGUCUUCUCUUUUUUUAAAAUCAUGCACAGGCAUUAUAUAAUAUAGGUACUAUAUCAUAUAAGACAUUUUAAAUUUUAUAUUGUGUAUCUGUUAAUAUUGUAUUUGUUAAUUUUAUUUCAUUUUGUAGGCCUUUUAUGGUAUUAUAUUUGUUAUGGUACUUUUAAGAACAAGAACAAGUAUCUUAGUGCUGAAAACAUUUAGAAAGUUGGUGAAAUUCAAAGGCACAACACCAUUCAGGAUUGAUAUGAUUUCCAUUGCACAACACGAGGAUUUUGCCUAAAAUGCUACUUCAUUUAUGUGUGUUCUAAAUCCUAACUUGCUGUUACAGCAAAGGUACUUGUUUUAGUUCAUGUGUUUUUGUAAUAGACAUAAUGCAUCCAGUUGAACCUGCAUUAGCAGCCACCUGUUUUAAUCCUUACCCUGCUAAAUUUCUAAAAUGCACUUGUCCAUCAUUCAGUUUGAGCAGUACCACUUAUUAUUCUAAAGGGUGUUCACUGAAAAUUUACUGACUGAAUAGCGGACAGUGCAGACCAUGAUCAGACUGCACGGAUGUGCAGGCUGAUCUUGGUCUGCACUGGGCGCAAAGGCAGAAUCACUUGCCAACAGCAGGCUAAAGGUUAAGCGGCCACUUGCCUAUAGGAAACAGUUAACUAAAUUCCCAAACUGACUUUGUGUUCUAAUGUCAACUUGUUUUCAACAGCCACCUGUCUAAAGCAGCCAGAUUGUGUGGCUCGCCUGAUUGGUUGCUUAGCGGGUUGACUGUAUGCUAUUUAUGUAUAUUUGAAUGUUAGUAUACAUUGUAUUUAUUGUGGUAUUAUAGGUGUCUUUCUCUAUCUCAGGUAUUCAAAUCAUUUCAUUGUGUUAGAAACAGGAAGUUGUAUCUGACAUUGAUUCUGGAAUGUAUUUAACACAUUUUGGCUCUAACUCCAUUGUUCUUUUACCUACUUUGUUAUUCUGUGAUAGAUGCUCUUCCUUUGUAAAUCCUUUGUAUAUAUAUUGCUAUUGUUUGCUGUUCUAAGAUUUUUGAUUUUACUAUAUGCAGCCCUUGAACCUGAAAACUCUUGAUCCAUUAUAACUGCAUGAAUUAGCAUAUAUAAUGAAAAAGAAGUGAGCAAACAUUGACUACAAAUUGCAUUCAAUUUUAAAGAUAUAUAAUUAAUGUGUAUAAACAUUAUGCCAAAGAAAUUGUACUUUCCCUGUAUCGAAGCAGUGUCUGGGGGUAGUAAUCACCUUCAGUGAUAGCUUGAGUUUUUGUUAUAGUUUUUGUUUUUUUCUGCAAAGAUAUACUGAUAGUACACAGAACUCUGCAAAAUGCUUGUAAAUACAUGCUGCUUUUCAGUUAUUCAUUUGUAAUGUAAUGAAUUGUAUUUACUGCCCUUCCAAAAUUAGUUGAGAAUAUUGUUACGGUGAAUAUGUCAUUUUAUUGACCAGUCAGACAUUAUAGAAAUAAAGGCUGACUUCUUAAAAUUGUUUAUAAAUGAUCUAGCACUGUUCGAGAGUCUGUGGACUAUAAGACACAGAUAUAGUAAAUGCACAGGGAUCAGUGAGAAUGAUACAAAGGAAAGUGAGUCUGAAAAUGCACUCACUUGCAGAGUUUAAACUUUUUAUUUUUAGCUCACCUGUCACAAAGUGACAAGGUGAGCUUUUGUGAUCGCGCGGUGUCCGUCGUCCGUGCGUGCGUCCGUCCGUCCGUAAACUUUUGCUUGUGACCACUCUAGAGGUCAAAUUUUUCAUUGGAUCUUUAUGAAAGUUGGUCAGAAUGUUCAUCUUGAUGAUAUCUAGGUCAAGUUCGAAACUGGGUCACGUGCCUUCAAAAACUAGGUUAGUAGGUCUAAAAAUAGAAAAACCUUGUGACCUCUCUAGAGGCCAUAUAUUUCACAAGAUCUUCAUGAAAAUUGGUCAGAAUGUUCACCUUGACGAUAUCUAGAUCAAGUUCGAAAUUGGGUCACGUGUUGUAAAAAACUAGGUCAGUAGGUCUAAAAAUAGAAAAACCUUGUGACCUCUCUAGAGGCCAUAUAUUUCACAAGAUCUUCAUGAAAAUUGGUCAGAACGUUCACCUUGAUGAUAUCUAGGUCAAGUUCGAAACUGGGUCACGUGCCAUCAAAAACUAGGUCAGUAGGUCAAAUAAUAGAAAAACCUUGUGACCUCUCUAAAGGCCAUAUUUUUCAUGGGAUCUGUAUGAAAGUGGGUCUGAAUGUUCAUCUUGAUGAUAUCUAGGUCAGCUUCGAAACUGGGUCACGUGCGGUCAAAAACUAGGUCAGUAGGUCUAAAAAUAGAAAAACCUUUUGACCUCUCUAGAGGCCAUAUAUUUCACAAGAUCUUCAUGAAAAUUGGUCAGAAUGUUCACCUUGAUCAUAUCUAGGUCAAGUUCGAAACUGGGGCACGUGCCAUCAAAAACUAGGUCAGUAGGUCAAAUAAUAGAAAAACCUUGUGACCUCUCUAGAGGCCAUAUUUUUCAUGGGAUCUGUAUGAAAGUUGGUCUGAAUGUUCAUCUUGAUGAUAUCUGGGUCAGGUUCGAAACUGGGUCACAUGCGGUCAAAAACUAGGUCAGUAGGUCUAAAAAUAGAAAAACCUUGUGACCUCUCUAGAGGCCUUAUAUUUCAUGAGAUCUUCAUGAAAAUUGGUCAGAAUGUUCACCUUGAUGAUAUCUAGGUCAAGUUCCAAAGUGGGUCACAUGUCUUCAAAAAUUAGGUCAGUAGGUCAAAUAAUAGAAAAACCUUGUGACCUCUCUAAAGGCCAUAUUUUUCAUGGGAUCUGUAUGAUAAUUGGUCUGAAUGUUCAUCUUGAUGAUAUCUAGGUCAAGUACGAAAGUGGAUCACGUGCCAUCAAAAAUUUGGUCAGUAGGUCAAAUAAAAGAAAAACCUUGUGACCUCUAUAAUGGCCAUAUUUUUCAUGGGAUCUGUAUGAAAGUUGGUCUGAGUGUUCAUCUUGAUGAUAUCUAGGUCAAGUUCAAAACAGGGUCAUGUGCGUACAAAAACUAGGUCAGCAGGUCUAAAAAUAGAAAAACCUUGUGACCUCUCUAGAGGCCAUACUUGUGAAUGGAUUUCCAUUAAAAUUGGUCAGAAUGUUCACCUUGAUGAUAUCUAGGUCAGGUUUGAAACUGGGUCACGUGCCUUAAAAAACUAGGUCAGUAGGUCAAAUAAUAAAAAAACAUUGUGACCUCUCUAGAGGCCAUACUUUUCAUGGGAGCUGUAUGAAUGUUGGUCUGAAUGUUCAUCUUGAUGAUAUCUAGGUCCAGUUUGAAACUGGGUCAACUGCAGUCAAAAACUAGGUCAGUAGGUCUAAAAUUAUUAAAAUCUUUUGACCUCUCUAGAGGCCAUAUUUUUCAAUGGAUCUUCAUGAAAAUUGAUCUGAAUGUUCACUUUGAUGAGAUCUAGGUCAGUUUCGAAACUGGGUCACAUGCGGUCAAAAACUAGGCCAGUAGGUAUAAAAAUAGAAAAACCUUGUGACCUCUCUAGAGGCCAUAUUUUUCAUGAGAUCUUCAUGAAAAUUAGUGAGAAUGUUCACCUUGAUGAUAUCUAGGUAAAGUUCAAAACAGGGUCACGUACCUUCGAAAACUAGGUCAAUAGGUCAAAUAAGAGAAAAACCUUAUGACCUCUGUAGAGACCAUAUUUUUCAAUGGAUCUUUAUGAAAAUUGGUUAGAAUUUUUAUCUUGAUAAUAUCUAGGUCAAGUUCAAAACUGGGUCACAUGAGCUCAAAAACUAGGUCACUAUGUCAAAUAAUGACGUCGUACUCAAAACUGGGUCAUGUGGGAAGAGGUGAGCGAUUCAGGACCAUCAUGGUCCUCUUGUUUCUGUAUGUAGCUGAAAUUUACUUUACAUGUGAUAGUUCAUUUUAGUAGUAUCAUAGAUUGGGAAGUAUUCACAAUUGUUUUACUUUUGCUAAUACUUUUUAAUAAUGUAUGUCAGUAAAUAUUCAAAGGUUCUUAGCUUUGUAUCUAGAAAUAUGCACGAGUUCUGCAGCUGAAACAUUACAAAACUUUAGGAGCGCAAUAUUAUUCAGAGUGCAUAUUUCUCUAUGCAUAGCUAAUAAUCUUUUGAUUACAUAUGUAUCUACACAUAUAAGUUAUAUAUACAGUUGUUAUGAAUUUAUCCAAUGGCCUGAAUAAAAUUGACAAUUGUGACUGAUGUAAAUAAAGUAAUAACGCAAUGAAACACAUUCAAAUGAUGUCACACACCUGAUAUGAAAUUCAAAGUCAGUAUGGCAAAAUAUUGACGUUUCUGGUUCCAUUGUAAUAUGGAUAAUGGAGUGUAAAAACGAAUAAAUAUGAAAUAUUUGUGCAUAUUAACCUGUGUCAUGUCCUAAAACUCAUACACUCACAUUUCGGGAAUCUGUAAUACUGGGAAUAUGACUGCUAACCAUAACAUACAUUUAAGAAAUGAAAUGAUUUUUUUCGGUGUGUUCAUGCGAAAUGAACGACAGAAUAGGAUCGGCAAAUCCAUGAUUCAUGUUUAAUUUGCCGAUACUAUGCUGUCAUUCAUUUUGCAUGAACACCGAAAAAAUAGUUUCAUUUCUUAUAUUUACAUUAUAUUUCCUUUCCAUUUGUAAACAAGAUCAUAUUAUAAAUUGCACAUAAUUUGCGGCAUUUAACAUUAAAAUCAGCUUCCCGGCCAUUCUGUACACCAGACGGAAUAACUGCGACGUCAUCUAAGGAACGUUUUCCCUGACCAUACGCGGACGUCGUCAAAACAGCGGCCGGUUAUCACUAAGCAGCCGUGACGUAACUUUCGUGCCGUUCCUUUUGCUGUUCAUACGAAAUGAACAUCAUAAUUUUCAAUGGAAAAGAGUAGAGCAAAUGUAAAUAUUGCUAAAUAAAGCCAACGUGAAAAUUUCCCAAUCAACAGUACUGUUGUGAAACUCCACAAAACACAAUAAAAUACUCAAACAACUAAACAAACAAGGUUAUGUAGAAAGCAGAGAGUGAAUAUUUGUUAUCAACUUUAUGUAGUUUUAGUACUACAAUAUAUUCAAUAGUUCUAUUGUCAAUCUUUAAAUAGAUUUGUAUUUUGAAUAUUGUUAGUUCACCUGAGCACAUAGUACUUGAGGUGAGCUAUUGUGACCACUCAGCAUCCAAUGUCCACUGGUGUCUUCAGUUCAUAUUUUCUUUAAACGACACCUUCCCUGAAAAAAUUUGGUUGAGUCUGACGAAAAAUGGGCAUGGAUGUUCCUUGGCUGAUCAAUUUCCAAUGUUGCUUAAGCUACACUUAGGGGCCACCAGAGACAGAAAUAUAUUAUUCUUCAAAUUAUAUCUUUUCCUUAGCAGCUAGAAUCUAGUACUAUUUCAGUAUGUAUGGUUGGAAACUUUAUGAUAAUAAUUAUGAAAUAAUAUCACAGAAAUGUUUCUAUAGUGACCCUCAACCAAGAAUGCUCACAUUGUUAUAAAUCUUCAAAAACAUGCCCAACAGUGGUCACUAUCCCUAAAUAUAUGCUAUGGAAACUUUGAAAAUCUUCUCACUAGAAUCCACUGACCCAGUUAUAAUAUAGUUGAACAAUUUCCACUUGAUUUAAGUUACAUGUACAUAUUUCCAACUUUUCUUUUUUUUUUUUUGGUAUUGACUAGAAAUCAGGGUAGGUAAUUACAGGAUAAAUAUCUCACACAAUUUCUUUGUAAGCCGAUAUUCCAACGAUAUGUUUUUAUAGAGAAUUCACAAAUAAUGCUUCAGUAAUUUACCUUUUUACGAAGAUUGCCCAUAAUAUUCAGUUUGUAAGAAAACAUAACUGCUAGUGGACAGGACUAGUUGCCAUAUCUUUAUACUUUUUUUAAGCUGUGAAAAGUCAGGUGAGCAAUCUAGGACCAUUGUUACUCUCUUCUGUUUUCCCUGUGCGAUUCUUUGUGUAUUAAUUCCUUUUUUUAAGUACUUAUUGUAUAUUUCUAUAGAAAUGAAACUUUUUAUUUAUAUAAAACAUAUAAAAAACAA